AUGCGUCAUCUUUCAGCUUUGACCGCGCUCGUAUCAAUUAUUAUGACUCCCGUCCUUGUCCAGGCGCAGAAGACCUACUACGUCGAUGACUCUUGCAAGAAUAGGCCAGAGUGGCAAGGUGGUUGGGACUUAGCUAUGAGAAACGCCAGAAGCACAUCAACACGCCUUGCCUCCAGCACCGACAACGACUUCGAAAGGGUCGUGAAGAAGAUCUUCAAGGUUGAUCGUUCAGAUGACCGGUUCAACAGAAUCAAAGAACCGUUUGACGACAUUCUCUCAUGGACUGAAGUGCCCAAAAAAGCAAAUAACUUCGAAACGCUCAAGCCGGCAGACGUUCGCAUCUUUUGCGAUAAUGAUGAAGUCAAAGAGGGAAGUGAUCCCUCGGAUGUCCACGGUCCGCGUCGGUUGAGAAAACUUGUCACAAUCCAAAGGCUAGGAUACGAGCGAUAUAUGGACGACAAGAACCACAUGGUAUAUCGCGGGAAGCUUUGGUGUCAAGACAUGUCAGACCAUGGCGGAGGAGACUGCAAAGGUUACACGCACUUUCACCGUAGUCCAGUUGAUACCCGCUUUAGUAGAGACGGUAUAUCAAAUAUACAAGUUGGCCAAAACGAAGACCGCGUAGUGGUCGUUCUUUGUGACUAUGUCUUUAAAGAAAGAUAUGAUUUUGAUAUCUUCAAUCCUAUGGAGGUCAUCCUGACUGAAGACAAAUUGGAUUGGGACAACAAAGACUGGACUAAACAUGACAUAGAAGGUUUUGAGUCCCUCAUUGCCCAUACUCUCUUACAUGAGCUUAUUCACGCAUCCCGACCGGAUAUCAAGGAUCCGAACAAACCGGUCGCGGUCCCCGGAAUUGGAGACUAUCCAGACGUGAACAGUGCAUACAGCUGGCACAGCAUCAAGAAGAUGGACUUCGACACGGCGAUAAAAAACGCCGACAGCUACGCCGAGCUUGGUCUCUUCGCCAUGCUUGCCGACAAGGGCUAUACGCUGCAACGCGUGAUUCCCAGCAUGCAAUUGGACGAACAGAAUCGAGAGGACCAAGUGAAACACGACGAGGAGAUCCUAUACUUUCUUCCUAGGACUAUCAUGCACCGCGCUCUCCUAAUCCCAGAAAUCGUAACCCAGAUAAUCGAUUGCAACCGAUCUGAUGCCGGCUACCUACACACCUGUCUCUUGAUCAACGCGCUCUUCUUCCACUCCACAGCCCGCAUCCUGUGGCACGGAUGCGGGGUAGGCUCCUCCACAAAAGGCCACGUGACGCCCUACGUUCGUCACUUGGUGUGGAUAGCACGGCGCGAUGCCCGACGUGGACAGUUUUAUGCUGGCUUGGUUAAGCUUUUGCGGUUUGGGAAGGAGGUUAACACAGAGGACGAAGAUGAAGUUCUAGUUGGCUGGGAGCACGUGGAUGAAAAUUGUUAUCAUGAAGAGCUUCACAGGUUGAACUUGGAAUGGGCAAACAUCGAAGAGCUGGAGAUUGCAGAGUUGGAAAUUUGGAACGAGGAGCGUGAAGCGACAUUGACGCAGUAUCUACAGCCAAAGCUCAAGAAAAUCGCGCUUCAGCAGCGUGAUGCAGCUGGUGAUGAUUUUCUGGAGAUGCUGAGUGAGCGGUGUCCAGGCCUGAAAUGGUUGGCACUGAAACCCCGUUUCGCGGAGGAUGGCGUGUCAAAACAAGGAUUUCUGAGGUUCCUAGGAAAGUAUAAAUUGGAGUCUCUCAAUAUCAGGGCGGACGCGGACUCAUGGGAACGAGAUUGGGAGCUGUGGAUGUUGGAGUUGCUUUCCAAGCAGGGCAACCUGAAACACAUUUCCAUACCCGAUCUGGAAGAUGCUUCCCUCGAACAAUGGGCCAAUGGAAUGGAAGCGGCAGAGGACAUAGCAUUCCCAGGGCUAAUUUCCCUCCGCACCGGACUCUCCGCCUCCGGCCUACGCUCUUUGCACCGCGUCAAACCUUGCCUCUCGACCCUCUGUCUUGAUCAGCGCCGCAUCGAGUCCUCCACAUGUUCCUCCACCUUACUCAACCUAUCAGUAUUCUCCCAGCUCUCCGACCUCAGCAUCCAGUUUCCCGCAGGAAUGCGGAUCUAUGGUGACGAUCUCACGCAUCUUGUUCAGAGCUGUCCUUCCCUUUCUCGCCUCAGCAUUGCCAAAGACAUAUGGUACACCGAGCGACCUUGGAGCAUCAAUAUCCACGAUUCACACAUCGAGACUCUUGCACGCAGUGCCGUCAACAUGAAGGAGCUAUAUUUGCUAUUCGACGUACCUGGAAUCCCCGGAUCGGUAAAGGAUUUUCCCACUCACGUCGCUCUGGAGUCACUUGGUCGCCACUGUGUCAAUCUCGAACGUCUAUGGCUUACGUGCGAUCCUGAUUGGUUCACGCUCCUCCCGCUAAAUGGGCCGCGGACUGUACUCUUCCCGAAAGUAUGGGAUCUAGGGAUUGCAGGGCCUGAGCUGCGAUACACUCUAUCAUUCGAUACAGAGGACAAUCUUAGAGAUAUGGCGGAGGACUUCGUGGCACGGUGCCCGAAACUAUCAAAAUUUAGUUUUCUGUUGCCGUAUGCAGAGGACCCGUGGGAUGAGACAGUUAUGGAAGUUAUUCGCGCGAAGACUCGACGGGAUUAG